AUGAGUGCGCUUCGAGCCUGUUGCGCGCCAAGCGCAGCCGCACCUCUCAAGGCGGCCCCGCGCGCCUUUCUGGCGGGAGUGCGCACAGGGGCUUCGGUUUCAGAAACGUCUCUAGGACUAGGAAUGCGCGCGUGGCCUUUCCGCGAGUCCCUUCCGCGCGCCCCCUUCCCAUCCGCCGUUGCGCACAGAGCAGUGUCAAGCCUCUCCGUUCUCCGCUGCUCUCAGUACGCCAACGCUUUAUCGGCCAGUUUCGCGCUUACCAAAUAUGCCACAUCAUUCAUGAAGCGAUCCACGUCAGACGGCGCGGAGCCCUUCCGCGUCGGCAAGCGGAGAGCCGUCACGACCAGCGCGGCAGGGGAGGCGGCGGGGGAGUCCGCGGGGGCGCAGGGCGGGCGGAGCAAGGGCGGGGAUGCGGGGCGGGACGGGCCGUGGAUGCUGGUGGGGCUGGGGAAUCCUGGGAUGAAAUACGAGGGCACGCGCCACAACGUGGGUUUUGAGGUGAUAGACGCCAUAGCCAGGGCGGAGGGCAUAAGCCUGAGCGCCAUGCAGAGCAAGGCCGUGGUGGGCAAGGGGCGUAUUUCCGGGUGCCCCGUGCUGCUGGUGAAGCCACAGACGUUCAUGAACCUCAGCGGGGAGAGCGUGGGACCCUUGGCUCGGUUCUACAAGAUUCCACCCGAACGAGUCGUGGCUAUCUACGAUGACAUGGACCUGGACGUAGCUUCCAUGAAGCUUCUUGCCAAAGGCGGGCAUGGGGGACACAAUGGAAUGAAGAGCAUUAUGCAGCACUUUCAGGGCUCGAGAAACUUUCCCCGCCUAAGAUUCGGCAUUGGGAGGCCGCCUGGGCGCAUGGAGGCCAAGGUGUAUGUGCUGCAGAAGUUCUCAGAUAGGGAGAGAGACGAGGUGGAUGUGGCUAUAGAGCGGGCAGUUGAUGCAGUCCGGUUGGUGGCAGCAGAGGGAAUGGAUAAGGCUGUCAGCACCUGGAAUCUGCCGCGCCGGUCAUCUGCCAACACCAAGGCCUAG